AUUUUGUUGGAUCCAUUACAAGUCAAAGAUAAAGGUUCGGGUGCUAAAAAAUCUAAAAGGAAGAAAGGAGAACCACGACAGUGUAGCAAUUGCGGUGAAUUUGGCCACUAUAGGACCCGAUGCCCACAUCCUGUUGGCUAUGUGAAGCCAACCUCAAACGGUGAUGCCCCGAAUGAUGGUGUUUCGGAAGAAGGUGGCGGUGGCGAUGACACCGAUGUUGAUCCUCCCAGCACUCAAGAUCAGUCGGAAACAGUACAGAAGAGAAGG